GCUGAAAGCAACACGGCCGUGGCGCACCACCCUCGCGGACAAUCCAGAUCCCCGGGAGACGUUCUAAAGAUAGCAAAACAGGAACCGAGCCAGUCGAUCGCGUUCGGGAAAUCCUGGCCCGUUCCAACGGGAAUGAUUGGUGUCGCGGGUCAACGGUGUCCGCAACGUGAGACGUGACCCUGCCUGCCCGGAGGCAACAGCGUUUUAAAACACGCGGAGGAUCGACAGUACAGCGAACGGUUUGUGUCAUUGAGGAUAUGUGCGCGCCAACGGUGUCCUCGUCCCAUUGCUUCUGCCCGAGAUGAGGAGCGAGGACCACGGUGCACCAGCAGCUUCUUCCCGGUAACCGAGGCCAGAUUCGAAGGAAGAGGGAAACGCGAGAGAAGUUUAUAAAUUGCGCGAAUCGAUUCGCGUAUGCGACCAGUCGACCGAAAUCGCGUUUCAUGCGCCAGUAGAAAAUCGCAAGGGAACUCCGUUCGCGGAAGCACAAAGAAGAUUCCGCGAGGUUCGCCAACGAAAGGAUCAAUGGAUCUGUGACACGAAUCAUCUUAAUCGCAAAGCUCGUUGGCCAUGUGUUCCAUAAAUUACGAGCCUAACAGCAACGCACAGACCCUUCUCGAAUUUUAAACAAUGAUUUAAAUGAAUCACCGUUCGAAACAAGAAAAAACCAGAAAAUGGAUGUGCACAAGGUGUCCAUAUAGACCUGAAAACUUGGAUGACCACAGCUAAACCCGAGGCACCUAUGCUUAAACGUUUCCAAAAUUCCUCAACAAUGUCACUCGCGAAAAUUACUAAUUAGCGAACACCUGUCAGAAGACACUGCUGCUGUCGAUGAUAAGGAAAACAUUCGCUGCGAAACAAAAUUUCAAAGGAACGUUCCGUGAAACGCUUAACACGAGUGAUUUCGUGGUUCCGUCUAGAAGCAGUGAUCGCGCCAUUGCUUGAUUAAACUCAUUCGGACGUUUUUCGAUCCAAUUCAACCCCGUCAGGUGACAAUUUAUCUUCGAUGCUCGUCAAAGAUUAACGAGCCUCAAUUGGGGAGACCGGGUUUGGAUUAGGUCCCGGAAACCGUGGUAAUUGUUCGUUUCCACGAGAAGCAGUGGCAAGUGUGUCGGUGAUUCUUUGCUUUUGUGAAGAGAAGGAACGAAUUGCUGCAACAUGGGCUGCGAACUUAGCAAAUUGGCGACCGCGAAGUCGCAAAAUCAAACUCCCACGGAUCCACGGCUCCCACUGACGGCGAAACAGAAAUUUACGGUUAUGGCCAGCUGGAAAGCUGUAUCCAGGGCACUGGAGCAGACCGGUGUCUAUAUGCUCAUAAGGCUGUUCGAGGAAAACGAAGAAUUGUUAAAUAUGUUCACACAAUUUCGCGAAUUGAAGACGAAAGAACAACAAACCAAUAGCAUGGAAUUGGCGGAGCACGCAGGGAAAGUUAUGUCUGCCAUCGAAGACGGUAUCAAAGCCCUUGACGAUAUGGACGCCUUCUUGACCUGUCUUCACCAAGUCGGAGCCACGCACACAAAGAUUCCUGGCUUCGAUCCACAAUAUUUUUGGAAAAUAGAGAAGCCGUUCCUAGAGGCCGUGGAGCGAACGUUGGAGGACCGAUACUCCGAGAACGUGGAGAGCAUCUACAAACUAACAAUCAAAUUCAUUAUCGAAACACUGAUAGAGGGCUUCAACAAGGCAAAAAAGGACAAAGCACAAAUCGACAGCAGUAAAUCCGAGUCGUCUGUGUCAUGAGGAGCCGCAAAAACUUUAUUGUUCGGACAAGACAGUUCCUGAUCGGUCCAGCCUUUCAGGACUCCGUUCCCGAUAGACGGGAUCGGUCCUACCGACAAGAACGACUCGACCAUUCGAUCGCGCGAUCGUUCGUUCAUUAAAAAGUCUCUUCGUUUCUACAUGGCGUGCAAUGUAAGCUGCGUGAACGGACAUUUGACAGGUCGCAAGACGAAAGACGAAUUAUAAUAAUACAUAAUGUAUUCGUGUCGAAUAACGUUCUUUUUUACAAAAGCGCGGAACGACGCUUCGUCGGUGGUUUAGAUUUGAAAUCUUUUUCCUUCGAGCGGGUCUCGGUUAUGGGAAAUUAUACAGGAAAAAGUGACUAUGAUUGCUGUAUCACACACUUGACCGUUUCGCCCCGCGCCGGGCGGCGAAGCGGAUCGUGAGCUCUGUUGACGGUCAAAGACGACAAAUAGUGCGGCGUCGCUACGAUUACAGUAUUCCUUCGAAAAAUCUCUAAUAAUUCCGUCCGAAUCUCCGGUCGACGAUUUCGGGGGCGGUGAGACUAUUAUAAUGGUUUUAAUUGGUAUUAUAUGGUAUCGUUUGAAUGGCAUUAUACUAUUAUAAAACUAUUAUAAUGGCAACAUUGGCGAAACUUUUUUUUGGGACACCAUUUUUCUUUAAUUUUUCUUAUAUAUAUAUUGGUGGCACUCGAUGAAUAAAGACUAAAUUUUGAGUUUCAGGUUUAGGAAUUUAUUAGUUUAUAGGUUAUACGUAUAUAAAGUUAAUUAAAAAAUACACAUAUAUCAACCACUCAUUAGUCAAAUCGAUUAACUCCAUAAAACAAAAAGUAGAGGAAACUGAUGCUGUACAUUGAUUUUGAAAGUUUCCCGUUAAAUAGAAAAUUAAAUAAUUAUUAUAGAACGUAUUUUUCUUCAUUAUUACCGGUGUUGUUUUAAUCUAAAGAAUAUGUAAAAUGUAUAAAAUAGUAUAUCUUUGAAGUGAUUGUUAUUAUUGUUGCAAGUUUUGCGUGGCCAAUGAAGUAGGCAGCACUGGUUCAGAUGAUGUUGCACCAGUUUAUUUUCAAAAGAGAAAAUUGUUCAAAAUGUUGACCUUGAUAAUAUAUUUCAAAAGCAUCAAAAUCGAUGUUGUCUAUACCAUUGUACACGCAUAUUUGUUAAUUAACUUUAUAUAUGUAUAACUUGUGAACUAAUGAAUCCCUAAACCCGAAACUUAAAAUUUAAUCUUUCUUCGUCAAGUACUGUCGAUACAUGCGAAAAAUGUUUGAAAACAAAAUGGUGCCUCGAAGUAAAGUUUAACCGAAAGAUUUUUUACAGGAAUCCCCGCUCUAACGAUAAUGAUAGAAAAUUAGACAGCCAAAAGCGAGCGAAAUAGAGACGAACACGUCGGACAGUUCCUGAGACUUCGAAGAGACGCGAAACGUCGUGUCAGUGUGUCAUGCGAAAACAUUCGAUGUUUCUGACUAUAUUUUGAUAAAACGAUCAUGGAGGAAUUAGUAAGAUUUUCGUAGAGAAAACGAGACCAAACGCCAUGAUAUUUGGAUAACGUUAAGCCAUAGUUGAAUACAGUAAUAUAUAUAUUUUUCUUCGUUCAUAAUUUCGUAAAUACCGAUUGAACAGUGGCUAUAGAUUAUAUCAUUAUAGUAUCACGUGACCGGUGUGAAGAAAAUAAGAAGAGUUUCAUAGAAUGGAACUCGACUGUUUUGGUUUUCAAAAAUCUUACUAUUUACUCGUUUCAUUGAAAUAUAGUUUAGUACAAUCAUUUUUUAUUGGGAAUACAAAAUAUUUGAAGAGUUUGAUAUAUUGUGUCGUGAGACAUUGAAAGAUUUGUGAGACAAUUUUAUUCUGAAUCUGUUGGUUCGAUAUAUUUCCCGUUAAUAUUUGUGAUAAUGUUAUUCAAUUUUUAUUAUAGAAGAAUUGUAUUACCAUUUAAAGUGAUUACUUUCUUCGAAUCUCGAAUACGAUUAUGUCUUUACUCAAUGGCGAAUACAUUUGAGACAUUCGAAGGCAGAAGGUUAGAGAUUUUUUUAAAGAAUACUGUAUAAUCACUUUCUACUGAUUAAUGAACAUCUUUGUAGAAUCAUGUCCACCAUUUGCCAUAUGUGUAAUCUUAAAUCAUCCUCCUGAUAAUUUGUUCGAAACAAGAAGUACUCACCACAGGCAAGGUACAGGGGAGCAAGCUAACAGAAAUAAACAUUUAAUUUGUUACUGUCUUCAUUACGAUAUGGAUUACGAAAGCUAAACGAAUAAUCACAAUAUACAGAUACUGUGAAUUGUUUCAAACAACUGCCAACAAUAAUUAUUUUACAAUAUUUUCAUUGAACACUGCUUGUACAUACUUCUGUUCAUCAUUUGCAUUAGAUACGAUGCUGUCGAAUGAAUAACAUAAGUAGGUAGAAUUUCAUUUUUAUUGUGUACCGUUUGUUACUUUGACAUUCUCAAGUACUUUUGUAUGUUAUUUUGUAACAGCAGUUUUCGGUUUCUUAAUUAAGAUCCAUUAAUUAUCGUCAUCUCGAUAACAUUGAAAGGAUCAAGUCAUUCUUUUAUAAUUUAAAAAUAUUGCGAACAGAGAGAUAAUUUUUUGUAGCAAUGGAAACAUACAAAAUGUACACAGAAUAUAAAUUACAAUAAACGUAAGUAUACAAAUCGACUUUAUAAUAACAGAAUGCAAUUGCUGUACGUUUAUUUUCAAUACAUCUAAAUGAAUGUAGAAACACUGAGAAUUUUAGGAAAUGUAUGCCUUUCAUGUAAAAAAUAAGAUUAAAUAAUAAUGUACUUAUACGGUAAGUCUAUAAAACUUCGGAUUAUUUGAAUGGUUUACCAUUUUUUUCAGUUUUUUGCUGUUAUGUAUUUUGUUGUUACAACAAACAAUGGUAUGUUUAAUUAAUAAUAUAUUUAUAGAGAUUGUAAUGUGCCAUCCUCAUCUCAAAUGUACAGUUCUGCCUUGAUAUUAAAUUGCCAGCGCUAAUAACCAGCAAAACAUCAAAUUGAAUAAAAACAAUGUAUUCAAGGAUUGUGCAAAAUGGAGUUACAGGUCGCCAUUAUAUGUCCCAUUUCGAAAUAAUACCUCGUGCCUCCAUUCUAUUUUGAAGCAGAGACAUUAAAAUUAUUAGCAGCAUUCUUAAUUAAUUUUACUAUUCAUAACCAUUGUCAUUUUGCCUCUUUACUACUAUCUACUUAACGAAAUUAAUUUGUUUUCUAUUCGUCUGAGAAAAAUUAUUGUUUUUUAUAUAUUCUGGAAAUAACUCCUUUAUAUGUGUUUCAAAUUCCUAUUGACGUAAAAAUAAUAUUUGCUGUCUAUCUCACUAUUUCAUAAAAUUCUGCAAUGAAAAUUUCUUAAUUUUACUUUUUAUAAUAAUCUUUUUAUAUUAUAUUUUGAAAUGUUAAUACGACAUAAAAAAUUUACGUCUUGAUAAGAAAGCAUCCUUGAAAAAAUCACUUGAACUAUGAAGAACCUAUGAACUUAAAUCUAGAGAGUAAGUAAACAAUAUAGGUACAACAUUUUAUAUUCACACGAAUCACAAAUCUAUGUUUAUUAUUAUUUUAAAUUAUCAGUCGUUUUUAAUCUCCUCGAAAACAUUUUACUUUAUUAGAUCAUAUUUAAUAUCAAUUCUGAAAAUUAAGAAUGUUACUACAUCACAUACUGUCACAAGAAGAUUUUCAAAAAUAUUCUCUCUGCUUCGAAACAGAAAUGAUUAGGAUUCUGAUAACUAUUAACGAACUAUGGUUAUUUUCAAGAAAAUGUAAUUUAUUCUGUAACGCAUAAAAGCUUAGAACAACUUGUGAAACAUGUAAAAUAGCGAAGUAACUUAGUUCAGCGUCGACAGAAUCAUUGUUAUACACGAAACCAAAAAUUAAUUAUUAAUGAAAAAUAAUCAGAUGUAGUAAAAGCAAGGGAAAAUAAAUUUUCUUAUAGAAAAAUUCACAAUUAACAAUAAAAACGUAAUCAAAUUCCAUCGAUUAAAUGGAGAUAUAUGAAUUAAUACAACUGUGACGAAUUGACAUAGCUGAAAAUUAUUGUAACAAUGAGAUAGCAGAUUGAACCUUACCUUGAAUUUAUUAAAUUUAACACAAUGUUGUCACGAUAACAAAAAUAAUAUUGUAGACCAAGGAAUAUAAUAUAUUGGGAAAAAUAUGAAAUUGUCUAAAGCGACAUGUCCGAAGUAUUAAAUAGCACUCUGACAUAACAUAUCAAAGAUGUUAAUGCAGCACUGUCAUUCAACUUGUCGAAACUGCAAUGUUCAAUGCUUUCUCGAACUAAUUCCUAGAGGCCACUCAUAAAUAAGUCAAUGUUCAAAAAUAACAAUACCUAAAAUAUCGGAAAAUCAAGCAAUUUAAGAUGAAAUCGCUGAUACUCGGAGUUAACUCAAUUUCGUUCGAUCAAUUUCAGAUGCAUUUCAGGCAUUCAAUACGCGCUCAAUGGUUGAUAGCAGAAUAGCGAUUACCUCGAACCAUUCAAUGCAGUCUGGUGUUUUUAUGCAUGAGAUGGUUGGAUUACGUAAGUCGCGUAUCUAGGGCAGCUUAUUGUGAUCUUUAUACCGAAACUAAAUUAUUAAAUUUUGAUGCAUCGUUUUCUUUUUAAUAGCUGAUCCCAAAGCAUAUGAAGUGGUCUUUAACGAAAAAAUUAAUGCUUAACUAAUUAGUAAGUUUACCGGAAAGUUCUGUCGAAUAAUGUCAUCUCAAUUUUCCAAAGAUGAGUCAUUCUACAGAAAUGGAAUCCACAAUUUACCACGCUGGAAAAAGGUCAUUAGCAACAAUUAUAUUGUAAAUAUUAACCCUUUGCAAUCGUAUGUAGAAACGAAGUUUAUGACUUGUUUUUAAAUUUUAGACAUAUUUAAUACAAUAAUAGAUCUUUGUUUUACAAAAAUUAUUUUAAUGAUAAAUCUUUCAAUAUUUUAACUUUUAUUUAUAAUUUAUAAUUUUAUAUUUCAAUUAUUUUUAUUUUAUACAACUAAAACGGUAAUAGUGUUGUGUAAAGCAUAUUUCUUAGGCUCGCAAAGGGUUAAUAAAUGUAGUGAAGAUGUAUUAUUUUCUUUUAAUUAAAAAACGAGCAGGACUAUCUAGUAGACCUAAUUGUUUCGUUCCAUGAAAUUGUAUAGUUUACAAAAUGACUUAACAUGUUCACGCCGGCGUGUACCACCGGUGGUACACAGCUAAUUUAUAACAUUAAAGGAAACCAAUGUUAAUAAGUAAAUUAUUUAUCAAAUUGCUUAUUAAAAUUUACCCAAAAUUAGCAACUGUAGUCAGAAAACUAUAAACGUGACAAAAGAAUGCACUUUAACAUUAUUUUUGCAACUAUUGUUCUUAUUAUGAUCUAUGAUUGAACACAUAGAAACAUAUCCCAACGUGAAUGUGUUAGACAUACCGACGUUGCAUUUGUUUGUCGCGGACGACGUGAACUAUAAUAAUUAAAAGUUCAAUAUUCGUUAGAAGGUGUGUGUGUGCCACUAUGUGUACAGGUUCUCCCACAAAAAUCGGUGUGCAGGUAUCGCUGUAUCUGCCACGACCAUACACUCGACGUUAAUUCGUGUGUUGCGAAGCGUUUCAAAGUUGCCUCGUUGCAAGGGAGCAAUAUUGGAAAGUGCCGCAACAGCUAACAAAGAAAUCGAUAACCUGUAUUCUCACAAAGUACAGAAUCCAUUAGGCCGCUUACAAGCGUGACAGGAUGCAAUAGCACGUAUGCGAAGAAGAUUAUUAAUAAGAAGGACAUUGAUUUCUCAGUGAGUGCAGUGUUUAUUGGAGGCAAAUCCGUACAAAUGAUUUCAUGUCCGCCAAAUGACAAACAGAAUUAUCGACAAAGAUUUACGUACAAGUAAACAAAUUCUACUCAGAAAUGGACCAAUUCAUAUAUUGGAAAUUCUAGUGGUGGUCAAAAGAAAAUGUAUGUUUCAAUCGAAUUUAAAGGAGUGCGCAUGAAAAUUAGACUUGCGAACCUCAUAUGUACAGGGUGGGACAAUAAUUUUUAUUAUUUUAAUUAGAUAUUUUAUUUGUGGAAGUAUAGCAAACUUUAAAAGACGAUAUGAAAAUGCGUUGAGGAAUAAAACUAUUGAAAUCUCUGAAUACUCUAUAUAGAAAACAAUUACUGCUUGCACAUUAUAAUAUUUUCGAUGUUAUCCAAUUUUUGCAAAUAAAGUUUUAUUUAUUAAGACAGACUGUAAUCAACAGGAAAUAUUUGUUUUCCAAUAUAAUUACAGAAUAUUUUCAGCUAUAAUUUUAAUUUUAAUUUUAAUCUGAUCUUUAGUUAUAUUUUCAAUUUGGAAUGACCACCUGCAAUUAGACACUCUGUAUACAAUAGAGCCCGCAUAAUGGUCGCAUUUUUAACUGGGUUACUAUAUUUCCAUUUGUUGAAAUUAAUUUUACAGAAUCAGAAAAUAAACUUACAGAAACUUAAGGUAAAUCAUUUAAUGUUUCCUAAACUAUUUCUUCACCAAUUCAAAAUUGAGAUGCAGUUUAAGAAAAUGGAAAAAGAAAGUAGUUAAUAAAAUUUUGAAUUUGCGACCAUUAAGCGUGCAACAUUGUAAAUGAUGAAGAAGCUGAUAGCAAUAUUAAUUUCAAUCAUUCUUUUGACCAACACUGCUAUAUAUACUAACUACAUCUAAUAAUACUUUUCAAACGUAUGUAAGACUACAACAAUCCAAUUUUAACAGAUUAAAAUAAAUAUACAAAAAAUAUGAACAAAAGCUGUAACGAGAACUGUUUAAAAUACUUUACAUGAAGUUUACGUUAAUAUAUUAUACUGUACUAGGUUCUGUAUUAAAAAAUCCGGCAAAAUACUGCUAUCAAUCUGUUGUCUACCAUUUAGUUGCUGGCUACUAACGCAACAUUUAUAUGUAUUUCCGCUUGAUAAUAUCACGAUCACAAUGCAGUAUAAAAAUAAAUUCUAUGGAAUAAGUUAAUAAGUUACCUUUAAGUUACACCGUCACCUUAAGAUUUGUAAAAAUGAUUUAUAAUUAUAUAGUUGUAAAUAACAAUCUGUGAAUACGAGAAUUAAAAUGCUAUUUUAAAAAUAACCACAUUCAAAGUGAAUAGACAUCAGCGAACAGUCAUAGGAGAAAAAAUUGAAUGUUCAUUAGAAACAUUAAAAUCGUAGAAUAUUUUUUUGUAAAUCUUACAUUAUUUAUUUUUGCAUUAUGUAAAUUUCAUUUGUGUAUAGAAGAAUUACGUAAAGGAAAAUUGUGUAUAAUAAAAUAACGAUAUUCCAAAAUUCGUAGAAUGUAAUACGAAAUAGGUUUCAAAUUAUUUUGAUUUUGCGACUUCUACGAGUACCAAAUAAUAAAUUCGUUACGUUACCAAGAAACAACUAAAGGAUACUUAUGAAAUUCAUCGAUCAGAUAAUUAUCCACACACUUUUAUAAUGUAUAAUCAAAAAGAUGUUACGAAUGCACGUCGUCUUUGACCGUCAAAAGAUAAUUAUAUAGAUUUUUACUCGUGACUAAGAAAGAAAAUAUGCGAUCGUUAGGGUCUAUCCCUUUGCGCAAUGUCAAUUUCCUAGGAGGUUCUUACAAUGUAGGACCCCUUUGUUUCUGUAUCUUCCUCGCCGUAUGUAUCUAUCUUCGUUUCUCUCUGAGGUCAAUUUCAUUGAAUUGCUCGUCGAUGAGGAUGCCAAAUCACUGUCGAUUAAAAGAAUUCUAAUUUCCGUCUGCAGAUGAUCACAAUGAACCCGUAGAAUCAUGCGUUCACCCCGAUUCGUAUUGAACUUUAUGUUUAUAAAAUACAAAUGAAAGAUAACUGGGAACAGUUACAUAUGUUUUCAUCUAAAUGUUAAUUCAAAUUAUCGUGGACACUGUAACAUAUAAUAUUGUUUGGUAAACUAUUGUGCGAACUGCCUCGUAACUUACUGAUAAAGGAGGAUACUAGAAAUGGCUAUUUAUUUAGAAACUGAAAAUUUAUGCAAUAUAUUUCAUAACACCUAUUACAAAGCAAGAAACGAUAGGAAUAUUUAUCCAAAAUAUGAUGACAAGGAUGUAAAAAUUCAUUCAAAUAAGAGAUAACAAUUUAAUUGAAGAGGCAAUUUUUUAACCUAUUCUCGUAAGAAAUAUACAUAACGCAGGAUAAUUAUUUUACCUACAUUUUGAUUGAUCUGAUGUAAGCAUAAAUAAGCAUUAUAAAGAAAAUUUAAUCGUUAUCCAUGUUAUUAUUUAUAUAUUCAAACUUAUCAUAUUAAAGACGUUGGAUCUGUUUCGUAUUAUAGCAUACACACAGUUUCGUUCUCCGCAUUGAAUUUAAUUAUGAACAUUUGUGGGUAUUUCAUUGCAACAAUAUACUAGCAAUAAUACAAAUGUGUCAGACAGGCCUAGUUUCCAGGUGAAAAAUGUAAGAACGAUAAAUGUAUAACACGGUUCAUUGUAAAAUGAAAGUUAUUUAUCCUUGAUCAAUGAGCAUAGAGAACGACAAACAUAUUACCUCAGAGAGAAAGUACGUGUUCAAUGAUAAGGGAGAAAAUGAAUAUGUAACGUGUCUUUCGCAUUAUACACGAUCGUUUCACUGCAAACACAUAGAUCAUUUCUAUUUACAUAGUAGCGUACAAUUGGCAGAAGGAAACUCAUGGAUGAAGUAUACUCACGUAACCUGAAGGUAACUUCUCGUAUUUUUAAUAUAUGUAAUCACUUCGCAUUGUACGAAGCUCAUCAAAGUUUGAAAUACGACAGAUCGAUCAUAGAUCAUAACCGAUGCGUUUACAAUCGUGUACAAUGUGAACAGACACUUCUUAACCAGAAGUAAGAUUGAUCGACAAGUUAGGUAAAAAUACAGCGCCUUCGCAGUUCGACAAAGUACGUUAGAAAAAACUUUCACGCACAUGGAACAACUACAUUCAUUUUCCAUACGUUUCCCUUUGUUAAAACAUUUUUUACUCGUUGAAAUAAUAAAACUGUAACAAGAAAGGACGCUAAAGAUAAAGAAGCUACGUAUUCGAAGCGUGCGACGUUCUCGAAACAAUAUUUUUAACACUAAAACUACCAAGUAGUCAAAUUGACUUUUUAAAAUUUUUUCUAUAGAAACUCUAAGAGUACAUCUAUUGAGAUUUCUAUUAAUUUACAGUUCUGUUUGCGUAUUCCUGAACCAAUUGCUUUGGUAAUUUCUUAGAGAAACGUGUUAUUUUUCCAAUAAUUACGAAUAGAAGAAAUUAAGAUCAUUUUGACCUGUCUGGUAGUUCUAUUGUUAAUGUAGAUCAUUCUUUGUGGAAAUCUGUAAUCCAAAGACAAUAUUUCAAAUGGUUUUAACAGUAUGCCAAAUGUAACAUUUCGAAAUGAAGAAAAAAUACGAAGGUAUUUCAAAUGGAGAUGCAAAUGCAUUACGAGACACGAAAUUCUAUUCUAUUACCCUGGCCAUUCUUCUAUUAUUCUUCACGCGCUACCAGUUUCAUAAAUUUACGUGAAUCGUCUGCGAACAACUUGCAUAGCGUAGAAAUCUUUAAGAGAAUUUUCACUGUUCUUUUGAAGUGUAAUACAGAGGACGACACAUUAAGGCGUCACGUUCAAGAAAUUUCAAUUUAAUAACGAAUCACGAUGGCGCUGUAAUAAAUGUUGCAUGAAAUGAGUAUUAAAAAAGAACAAAAAAAAACCUGUAUGAAAUCGUUGUUAU